UUAACUCUCCAUCACAUUUUCGUGAAUAACACCUGCGUACGUUAGUUCUUGGAAGAACGUAUGGAUAAUGAGAAAUUUUAAUUUAUCGAAUUAAAAAUUUGUUUUCGAAAUGACCUCGAAUGAAACCACUCUGUGUCAACAUAUAACCAUAGCCGUUUUACCCCCUACAUGUUUUUCCCCUAAUUGUAGUAAAAGUGUCAACAGUGUCGAGCAACAAGACGAAGUUUUCAGUGAAAAAUCUGGAGAUUCAGUUAAAAGUAGUAUCAAGAAUAAACUUAGUCUCAAAUGCAGUACCUUCAAGUACAUCGUCUAUUUCUUAAUGUGGUUGGGUUGUUGUUUCUUACUGACAACUUCAAGGGAAAGCUUUCAUCCGAUACACCAGCUUAGUAUACAAAAAUCUAUCACUACAGAAUACAUCAUAAAUGAUAGUCCCAAGGAUGGAAGAAUAAAACUGAUCGUUGGUGGUGCAUUUUUACCAGCCUAUUAUGCAAAUUUGUCAACACGUUGGGUGAACGUUCACGUACAGUUGAUAGAAACCUUCGGUUGUCCUAUGGAAGAUAGGGUUCUUACUCCUUCAAAGGUCAAAAAUAUUGAGAAUGUCACUGAAGUGUGGAAGAUACCAACGGUGACUGAAAGUCUCAUAGGUAUAGUACCCGAAAUAUCUGCUAGGAAACUGUUUCUACUGAACGCAACGACUUUGGCCAAAGCGAAAAAUUACUUGCUUCAAAUAUGCCUGAGUACGAAUCUGAACGAAAACCUGCCCAUUUCACUCGGUUUUAAUACGGAACCCAUAGAUCCUGAUGCUGGCGUUGUGUUUGCCGGAAUGGUGCUGGUCGCUUUAUACAUCGUUAUAAUUUUCGAAUUAUUGCACAGGACUGUAGCUGCAAUUUUCGCAUGUAUCGUGUCUCUAUCCAUUCUAGCUGCUUUCAAUGCUAAGCCGUCAAUUGCGGAAAUAGUAUCUUGGAUAAGCAUGGACACCAUCAUGCUUCUAUUUUCGAUGAUGAUACUUGUCACUGUUAUCAGUGAAACUGGUAUAUUCGACUAUAUGGCAGUUCAGACCUAUAAGUUUACAGGAGGAAAAGUGUGGCCCUUGGUCAAUAUCCUCUGUGUGGUAGCUGUGUUUUUCGCUUGUUUCUUAGAUAACGUAACAACCGCUCUCCUAAUCACACCAGUGACAAUAAGAUUGUCCGAAGUUAUGAAAUUGAACCCUGUGCCUGUUUUAAUGUGUAUGGUUAUGCUUUCCAACAUUGGAGGAGCUAUUACUCCUCUAGGAGAUCCUCCGAAUGUCAUAAUAGCAUCGAAUCCAGAUGUCUUGAAGGCUGGUGUUAAUUUUAUGUCGUUUACUUUACAUAUGGGACUUGGAACUUCUAUUUGUUUUAUGGUAACCUACGCAUAUUUGAGAUAUUACUACAGAAAUGUGAGGAAUUUUAGACAUCCUGAACCACCGGAAGUUCAACAGCUGAAGAGCAAGAUUGCUGUUUGGCGACGUACCACAGCUUCCGUCAGUAGCUACAGCCGAGACGAGAGCUUUGUGAGGGAAAAAAUGAAGCGUAGAACUGCCAAGUUGGUGGGAAGGUUGAAAAGUUUGAACAACAUAACCAUUACGGAAGAGGAGUUCUGCAGUAACCUGGAAGACCUUAAAAAACAAUAUCCUAUUAAGGAUAUGUGUCUGCUGAUAAAGUCAGGUGGAACAAUGCUUCUGGUUAUCAUAGCGUUGCUCCUACAGUCUGUUCCGUCUUGGAAUACACUAGGUAUGGCGUGGACAGCACUCCUUGGGGCCGUUCUUGUGAUCCUCCUUUAUGAUAAGGACGACGUGGUUGGUAUAUUCACUCGUAUAGAAUGGUCCACGCUCCUUUACUUCGCAGCCCUUUUCAUUCUGAUGGAGGCUCUAUCUAAACUAGGCCUCAUCGACUCCAUAGGGAAGCAGACAGAAAGGAUAAUAAAUUCAGUUGUUCCGGAAUACAGAUUGACAGUGUCCAUUGUUCUGAUUUUGUGGGUUUCCGGUCUAGCUUCUGCUUUCGUAGACAACCUACCACUUACGACCAUGAUGAUAAAGAUAGUGACCAAUCUUUCUAGUGACCCCCAGCUUAACCUGCCGUUUCAACCCCUUGUUUGGGCUUUGUCGUUUGGUGCUUGUCUUGGAGGAAAUGGAAGUCUUUUUGGCUCUUCUUCAAAUAUAAUUUGUGCGGGAGUAGCUGAACAGCAUGGCUACAAAUUUGGCUUCACUGAAUUCUCCAAGGUUGGUAUUCCUAUUGUUAUUUUAACGCUGAUGGUAACUACCCUUUACCUCAUCAUAUGCCAUGUUGUCCUUCAAUGGAAUUCAUAAAUAAAAUAGAUUUUGCCAUGUUUAUUCGAUCUCUUAAAUAAAAAAACUUAGAUGAA